AUGUCUGGAAUAAGACAAGCAGCGAUAGCAGCAGCCAGCGCUGCAGCAGGUGCAGGUGCUGCGCUUCUAUACACAUCAACAGUUCAAUCACGUCAGCCUGAACCGACACUCGAGAUCAUUCCUCCGGAUUCGCAAGGUAUCUCCCCGCUACCUGGUAUCCGAACCAAAGCUCUUCCAGUCCAAAUUCCCUCUCCCGGUCUUGCGAUACCACCCUCCAUUUUUCCCAAGGUCGAUCCAACCGGCAUUCUAAAAUACGGCCACCCGGGCCCAGUGAUUGACGAAUUAAAAGCCCUCCCUUUCUACGGUGCAUACGACCGUCGCACGCGGAAUCCACUUUGGGUCGCAGAACACAUAACACCAGAAUCACUCGCUCAGACUAUCUCAUCACGCAGGGACAACUUUCGGGAAGAUCGCAGCAUCCCCAAGAUUUUUCGCGCAAAGGUGAGCGACUACUCCAGAAGCGGGUAUGACCGCGGGCAUCAAGUCCCCGCUCAAGAUGCGAGGUGGGAUCAAAAAGCGCUCGACGAGACCUUCAAGAUGUCCAACAUGUGUCCGCAAGUCGGCAAAGGGUUUAACAGCGGCUACUGGCUUCGUCUGGAGGAGUUCUGCCGCAAUCUGACCACAAAGUAUCCCUCUGUGCGGAUCGUGACCGGUCCUUUAUACCUGCCGCGUAAGGAUGACAAUGGCAAAUGGCGCGUUAGCUACGAGGUUAUUGGCUCCAGUGAGGUGGCCGGUGCAGAGGAUAUCAGCCUGAGGGAGAAUAACAACUUUGCACCGAAUGUAGCCGUUCCUACGCAUUUCUUCAAGAUUGUCUAUGGGGAGGAAGAACCCCAGGAUGAAGACGGGAAUGAGAGUUCCACAGGUGAAGUUGCACUGGGGGCGUUCGUCCUGCCAAACGCUCCGAUAGAUACCUCCAAGAAGCUGGUAGACUUCGAGGUCGAUGUUGCCCAUAUCGAGCGUGCCAGCGGUCUGGAGUUUGUGAAGAAUCUGGAUCCCAAGCGGCGGAAACGGCUCUGUAAAGAGGUUGAGUGCGAUAUCUCAGUUAAGGAUUUCAGCGAUAAAAUGAAAUCCAAUCUGUGA